UUCGUUUCAGCCAGCUGAGCAGCACAACAAACAUCAGCUGCUGUCCCGGCGAGGCUCACAGGCGAGAUGUUUGCCUGGGGAGAAGACUGUCGGCGAGGCUUCUGUGUGAGAGGAGACCCCGUCACGGAGGAAGGAGUUCAUUAUUUCAAUUUGGGUCACGAUGUCACGGAUCUAUCAGCGGGACGCAGCGUGCUGGCUUUCCUGAAGUGCAACGGGAAUGCGUUCGUUUUGCGCACUAAUGAGGGCAAAGAUGGAAACAGAGUCAGAGGGAAACAGAAGUUUGUGAAGUGUAAGGAGAAGAUUGAGGCAGUGAGCUGUGAAGAUGAUGCAGUAUUGCUGCUGUCUGAGAAAGGCUCCGUUUUCUGUGUGGACACGAGCCACACCCCGUACACACCCAGGAUAUUGGACGCUUUUUCCGGCAUAUCGGUUGUACAGGUUGCUUGUGGGAGCCAGCAUUCAGUUGCUUUGACAAAAGAGGGUCAAGUGUACACCUGGGGCCUGGACUCCAGGGGUCAGCUCGGACAGGGGAAGAGAAGCUCAGAACCGAGAAAGCCUCAGCAAGUCCGAUCCUUGUUGUCCACCCCCGUGGUUCAGAUCUCUGCAGGAGGAGACCAGAGCUUCGCCCUCUCCGUGUCCAGAGGCGUGUUCGGCUGGGGCAGAAACGACUGUGGGCAGCUCGGACUGGGAGACACAAAAGACAUGCAUACACCAGCUUGUGUUCAUAGUUUGAAUCUGAAGAAAACAGCCGACAUUUGCUGUGGAAAGGACCACACCGUCGUUUUGACAAAGCACGGGGCAGUGUUCACGUUCGGUUCUGGUCAACAUGGACAACUUGGACACAACUCCUUGCGAAAUGAACUCCGGCCUCGACUUGUUGCUGAACUUUGGGGGACAAAAGUUAUCAAGAUUGCGACCGGGAGGCAUCACACGUUAGUUUUGACAGACAAUCAAAAGGUCUACUCCUUUGGUUGUGAAACUCAAGGUCAGCUGGGAAACAGAGAAGAAACCAACCCAUCUGUGCCGUUACCUGUUCGCCUACCUCGAGUUUCAGGUGCAGUUCAUUCCAGAAUUGGAACGAUCUUUGCUGGAGAAAACUGUUCAUUUGCAGCCUGCUCUUCUGAUGAGGUACCAGUGACAAUGUUUGCCAAACAAAGAGAUGAACAUGCAACAGGAUCGGCCACCUCACUUCACUUUUUUCCCAAUCAGGAAGUUGGCAUAAAUUCAGACACUAACACAGUCAGUAAAGCAACUCGGCACUGUUUAGAAGUUGUGGUUGAUAACUGGACGUUUAAACAUGAUGAGAAGUCAUGGAGAAAGAUUCGCCAGGAAAUCCACAAGACAUUUUUAUCUGCAUCCUGUUUGAACAAAAGCUUCCUUGAAGAAAGAAAAAAUAAACAUUUGAAAACCUCAUCAAAGUACCACGGUCUGAACCUGAAACUGGCUCGACGGCAUUUUAAGAAACUGGUCAAGACAGAGUAUGUCUGGAUAGAGGUUGAAGCAGCAGUUCUCCGUUUGCUUCCUCUCCUCGAUAAGAACCCAGUCGGAGUGGAGAGUCUGAGGAUCUAUCUGCUCCUCAAUGAGCUUCUCCAUGUCAUCCAGAAGUACAGAAAGCAGCAGCGCAGCAGGCUCCCAGAGAGGGUCGCCACUGCUGUAACAAGCCUGUCAAGGGAAAGCCUCAAGGUUCUAGGUGAGUGGUGGGCCUCGCUGUCGUCAUCCACCAUGGAGAGAUUUGUCAGCGUGUGGAGGCAAGCGCUCUGUCUGAUCUUGUCCGACGAGGAUGCUCCUCGCAGAGAUGGUGUCAGGAACCUGCUUCAAGUUCUUCAGUAUAUGUACAAUGUCAACAGCAGGGUUUCCGAGUCUCGAAGGCUGCCAGAAAGUGAUUUUUAUGUGAUGAUCGACCAAACGUUUCUCCUUUCAGAACUGCAAAUUUGGCGUUUAAAAUCAAAACGCAGGUAUGUGCUUGAUGAGCCACUUGUUCUGUGCAACUUCCCCAUUGUGAUGGAUCUGCAAACAAAGACAGUGGUUUUUCACAUGAAUACUGACCUCACCAAGGCGGAGUUCAUAUUGAGUAUGAACCUGACGUUCAUGGAAAUGCUUCUGAUUUUAGGAUCAGGGUGUUGCCCUAAAUCUUUCUACUUGGAUCUGCACCUAAACCGAGCGUCUGUGUUGAACGACACAUUUGAACUGCUGGCUAAGGCUGAUCAGAAAGAUUACAAGAAACAUCUUGUGGUGAUUUUUGAUGAGCACUAUGACCCUAAUUACAUUGACGUCUACGCAAAAGACUUUUUCCAUGAAGUCUUUCAUGAGUUGAUGUCUGCUGAAUCUGAGAUGUUCAUGUUCAAUGACUCCAAAACACUGGCGUGGUUCUCCUCUGCAGCUUCGCAGGAGGACCAGCGUUUCCACCUGUUUGGGGUUCUGUGUGGACUGGCUUUGUACAACAAGGUGCUCAUUUAUUUACCCUUCCCACUGGUGCUGUUCAAAAAGCUGCUUGGACUGAGGCCUUCACUGGACGACUUGAAAGAAUUCAGUCCAAGUUAUGGCCAUGGCCUGCAGUCCAUCCUAGACACAGAAGAAGACCCAGAGGAGAUGUAUUUUACAAUCCCAUGGGAUGGAACUGAGAUCGAUCUUGAUCCUGAAAAUCCUGACAAGCAAGUUACUAGUGAAAACAAGAGAGAGUUUGUUGACGCCUUUGUGAGCUACGUCUUCAACACGUCAGUGGAGGUUGCGUUUUACGAGUUCAAGCGAGGUUUCUUCCAAGUUUGCGACCGGGAUUUGGUGAAACUUUUUACACCAAAGGAGCUGCAAGAAACCCUUGUGGGAAAGGACUUCCAUGACUGGGAAAAGCUGAAACAGAACACAGUUUAUGAGGGCGAGUACGACGCCGACCACCCCAUCAUACAGAUGUUUUGGGAAGUUUUCGAUGAGCUAAAGGAGAGUCAGAAGAACACCUUUCUGUGGUUCGUCACUGGGUUUGAACGGGUGCCGAUCCUCGGCUUGGACAAAAUAAAGAUGAAAAUCAAAGUUAAGACCACGCAGGAUGACCAGUAUUAUCCUGCGACCCACACGUGUUUCUCCACCCUGGAACUGCCGCCGUAUUCGACCAAAGACGUCAUGCGAGCCAAACUAACCGAAGCUCUCAGCAACAAAAGGAUCAGUCAGUGCAUCUGAUUCAGGAUGAAUCUCUGACUGGAUCUUUACUGAGUGAUGCGGAUGUUUUUACUCACGGACACAGCACUUCCCCAACGAUGAACACUAUGUGUAUAUAAAGAAAAAUAGGUUUUAAACUAAAACAGUUUUACUGAAAACCUGCAAGAAGUUGUUCCUGUCAUGUUUUGUAACCCAUUGUUAUGCUUUAGUUUGCUGAGAUGUUAAAAGUAAUUAUUAGACUAAUAAGAUUUUUUCUUCAGUCCGAUGGUAGUGUGGGGAAAUUUUCUGUAUGUAUAUUUGUUUUCUUACUGUUAAGUUAACAGCAUUUAAGAUAAAAACGAACAUCGUAAACUGAAAAGCGUGGACAGAGGGACAGUAUUAUACGCUCUUUAUUUUUUACAAUUACAUUAUCUAUAAAGAUCAGUAUGCUUCUUUAAUAAAAUCAACAAAUAAAACUCAGGGGACUGGUGUGCUGUGCUGUGCUGGUGCUGGGUUUAAGCACAGCCCACAUGUGGAGGCCCAAAUCCCCAACUCAGCCGUUGUUGGUUUGAUUCCCGGCCCACUUUCCUGUCAAUCCACUAUCAAAUCAAGGCCUCUAGAGCCAAUAAAACUCAAAAGACGUAAUCCUAAUGUUGUGUUUGCUUGUGCACAUUUCACAAAAUGAUGUUUGAAUAUCAACACAGACCAUAGAGCUGAGGAAAUGUUGAAAGUGAGAGUACGACUGACUUUGAUACAACAGUUUUGAUAUUCAGAUUAAAAUAUUUCAAAUAACUUCAAGUUAAAAUGUAAAGUUUAAAGAGACUAGCAGCUAUACUUUGUAAAAGUGUAAGAUGAUUGUGUUCAUAUGUACAAUCUGAUGCUAAGUGUUUGAUCUUUUCUUGGUGCUUGAAUUGAAUUCACAAACCACCAAAUUAUCUGAUUUUAAUCUCAGCCAGUAAAAUUCCACUCUUCAAGAUUUCCCCCCAAAAAGCAUUGAAAAACUUGGUUUUAACUGUUAUUAAGGACAUUAAAACCUUAUUAAUGUCCUCAUUAACAUGAUUAAGGCUAAUGUUAACUCUACUUAAGGCCCCAUAAGACCUUGGACAAAAGGUUUAAAUUAUGGAUCCUAACCUUUAGAAAGGAUUAUUUCAUGUUUGCCUUAAAGAAAGUCGACCAGUUUGUAAAGUAUUUUGGCACCAAUUAAAAAAUGUAUUCUGUUCUAAACAAUCAUAAGUGUCGUCUCAUUUAUU